AUGACGGCGUGUGGGCUCCCCAACUGGUUUACGAGUCUUCCGCUCGACAAAAGCGAGGCCAUCAAGAUCGGCAACCGCCUCUUCUGCAAGCCGAGCAUGCAAGCGCGCAUGGGCUACGCCAGCGUCACGGUGCAGCCCAGCAACAUCAUUCACGUCCGUUCGGCUACCACGGCGAACGAACCGGCGUUCCUCCUUCUUAGCGUGUACACACUCCUCCUCGCCUUGACGCCGCCAUGGCUGCGCUGCGUUGGCCCCAAGGUUUUCGGAGAGAUUGCUAAAAGCGAGCUCCAGCCAGCGGCCACCAAGCGUUUGGAUCCACGCAUGGUAUACGCGCACAGUCGCGGCUCGUGCGUUAGUUGAACAACUUUAUUUCCUUUAUACUAGUCAACAAGUGGUUUUUAAUAUAGGAUAUUGUACAGAG